CACAAGGUCUGUCAAUGAAGGCAGUAACUCUGCGGCUUCAGCACGGUGGGGCUGACUGCAAUUAAACUGAAAUAACCCCACCCUCCUUCCCCGCCCCAAACACAUCGGUUAUAUCAAGAAUGUUGGCUUCAAGAGCUCUGAGCCUGAUCACCAAGUGUGGAAUUUCUACUUGUAUCCAAGCCCGUGGACAUAGUGUAGCAAAGGUUGGAGCCAGUUCACUUUCACCUUACUAUGAUCGUAAAGAUGAUCCACUUACUGCUGUUGACUUUGUGGAACAACUGUCCAGAGAGCAAAAGUCCCUGAAGGAGAAGGAGAAAAGUUCUUGGGUUUCUCUUUCCACUGAUGAGAAGCUGAAGUUAUAUCGCAUUCGCUUUCACCAAAGCUUUGUGGAAAUGAACAAGGGAUCAAAUGAAUGGAAAUCUGUUAUUGGUGGAGCUUUAUUCCUGAUAGGUUUAACUGGACUGUAUUUUGCCUGGCAGAGAGUGUAUGUGUAUGCAGAUGCUCCUCACACUUUUUCUAAUGAAUGGAAGGCUAAGCAGACCAAGAGAAUGGUGGACAUGAGGAUAAAUCCAAUUCAAGGCUUUGCUUCAAAAUGGGAUUAUGAACACAACAAAUGGAAGAAAUGAAUAUGCACUGAACGUUUUAACUAUUACUUGUUUAACAUUUCAAAUACUAGCUUGUGCGUUUAGGAAGUAAAUUUAACAGUCUAGAGUUAAUCUGCAAAAUUUUGAUAAUAAAUUUGACUGGUUCAUGUGA